CUAUUAAUAGAGAGUAACACGAUUUUAAGCAAACUAUAGAAAUUGUGAUACAAUGCAGAAUACAACCAGAAUUCAGCGGCACUUAAACAUCCAAUCUAAUUGCAGGAAAUCCUACACUUCCCAGAGUCUUUGUACAAUUUGCCCAGUUUUCUGUAAACACUUUCUUAUUUUGGGGGGGAGAAUGACAUUUUUCGGGAUUACGUAACGCUCGGAGAUAGGGUGUGGCUUGAAUCACAGCAGCUGUGCAAACGGUGUUUAAUUUCCAUUUUGUAAGUCAACCGGUGUGAACCCGGGAGAGCCGGGAGCAGUCAGCACAGGGUUUGCCGAGGACACGAGCGAAUGCUCAAAGCCAGUUGGGACACGCAGACCUGUAAUUGCAGAGACCUCUUCCUGCUCGACGCUCACGACUCAUAAACAGCAUGGAUCGUGCACCCUACACUAAGCUGGAGACGUUUAACCUUCGCCAGAAAAGAAUUGCAGCAUCUUGUCGGCUGUUUUUCCCGGAGGAUCCUAUCAAAAUUGUCAGAGCUCAGGGCCAGUAUGCGUACGAUGAAAAGGAAAGGGCGUACCUGGACUGUAUCAAUAAUGUGGCUCACGUCGGAUAUUGUCACCCAGAUGUCGUCAAAGCUGGAUCUGACCAAAUGGCAUUGCUGAACAUAAACACACGGUUUCUACACGACCAUAUAACGCACUACGCCAACAGAUUGUCAGAGACGCUGCCACCAGAACUCUCCACCUUUUAUUUUGUCAACUCUGGCUCCGAGGCAAAUGAUCUUGCUGUUCGGUUAGCACAGCAAUACACCCGGCACCAAGAUAUUGUUGUUCUAGAAAACGCUUAUCAUGGACACCUGACUUCAUUGAUCGAUAUCAGUCCCUAUAAAUUCAAGAGCCUGAGACCACAGAAGGAAUGGGUCCAUGUGGCCCCUAUUCCAGACACCUACCGCGGGAAGUACAGGGAGCAGCACCCUGACCCUGGCGCGGCUUACGCCAACGAAGUGAAAGCUGUAAUUGACGAAGCAGAAAAGAAAAACCGAAAGGUUGCUGCAUUUUUCGUUGAAUCGUUGCCAAGUGUUGCUGGCCAAAUUAUCCCACCAGCAGGCUAUUUCCAGAAGGUUUUGGAACACGUUCACGAUGCUGGAGCAGUAUUUGUUGCUGAUGAAAUUCAAACUGGUUUCGGGAGAGUUGGCAAGUGCUUCUGGGCAUUCCAGCUGCAAGGAGAUGAUUUUGUACCAGAUAUUGUCACCAUGGGAAAACCCAUUGGGAACGGACAUCCUUUAUCCUGUGUAGCUACAACAAAAGAAAUUGCAAAUGUGUUUGAUGCAACUGGAGUGGAGCAUUUUAACACAUUUGGAGGGAAUCCUGUAUCCUGUGCAAUAGGCCUGGCAGUGUUGGAUGUCAUUGAAAAGGAAGAUCUAAGAGGAAAUGCCUUACGUGUUGGUACCUACUUAAUGUCCUUGUUGAAUGAACUGAAAGCCAAACACCCAGCCAUCGGUGAUGUCAGGGGGGCUGGCCUAUUUAUUGGAGUCGAGUUGGUAAAUGAUCGACAGGAGAGAACACCUGCUCCAGAAGUGGCGAAGAAUUUAGUUGAAAGGAUGAAGGAAGAAUUCAUCUUGAUUUCGACAGACGGGCCAGACCGAAAUGUCAUCAAAUUCAAGCCCCCAAUGUGCUUCACCAUGGAAAAUGCCAAGUUUGUGGUCAACAAGAUAGAUAAAAUACUUUCUGGUCAGUCAGGAUGUAAUCAAACGUCAAGCCUCCAGCCUGAAUGAAAAUAUAAAUUGCAAGCUGCUCUGACAAUGGGUUAGUUACACAAUUGAGUCUUUGAAUAAUUGUUUUAAAGCUUGUGUACCCAUUUGUCUUUCCAUACACUUGUGCUUGUUUGUAUAUAAAAUAGGAUUCACAAUAAUGUAGGUGGGGGAAUUUUAAACCUUUCUCUUUUCUUAAAAAAGGGCAUUUAAAGCAGUUAAAAAUGCAAACUUAAUGCCCAAAUAACCUAACCAACUAUAUUAAGACACCAACACAAUAGUACAUAUUAAUCUUUCUGGUCUUAUUUUUAAUUUAUACACAUUUGCAGUGACAACCCCUUUUUGGUCUAAUAACAAAAGAUGAUUUGUGAA